AUGUCGCGCAACGCGUUUGAAGAGUUGAGGGUACAGCUCCGAACCUUAAAAUGGUUGGGAGUUUUGCGCUUCAACAUCGACUUUGAGAAGUGCUUAGUUCAAGAAAAUGCUUCAGAAGAACGAAGUGCCUGGUGGUAUAUGAUAAGCGUGUUGUGCAUAUGCUGCAGCUUGAUCAUCUACAGUUCCUACUUUCCCAGUCACUUUAUCAUGGGAAAACAUAACAGCACGGGCAACUGUUAUGCCCUAAUCAACAUAAGGUGCUGUUCGAUGGUCACAAUGCUGGCUUAUAUUCAGCUCUAUGUGCAACGUUGUCGCUUCGCCAACCUGCUGCAGUCGAUGUUGCAACUCAAUCGAAUAUCUGGGAGUCGCACAGGAGCCGUCGCGUUUGGAUUUCCCUAUAUUCUACACCUAUCUCUCUUUGUGAUUUGCAUGCUGAACUACGGCCACGGUUACUGGGCGGCAGGCGUUCGCCUGACAACAAUUCCCAUUUAUCUUAUUCAGUACGGCCUUUCCUAUCUCAUUCUGGGCCAAGUCGUUGUCCUGUUCGUCUGUCUUCAACGAAUCCUAUUCUCGAUUCUAAAGCAUUACAAUCAAAAACUUCUCGAACACUUUAAGUCGCGCAAGGAAUGCCAGGGAUUUAAUCUACAUUUUCGCAAUUACGCCGAGGUGAUGUGGCUUAGCCAUGUGGAGAUCAAUUCUUGUUUCGGAUUGUUACUAGUUCCCCUAACCGGAUUAAUUCUGUUAUUAACACCCUCCGGACCCUUUUACCUAAUAUCCACAAUUUUUGAAGGCCGUUUUCGGCAAAACUGGCGGUUCGUUUUUAUGUCGUUAACGGCAGCAUUUUGGAGCCUGCCCUGGGUAGCUUUGUUGGUUCUGGCAAUGGGCGUCAUCGAUGUACAAAAUGAGGUGAGUAACUUUUUGGUAGGAUAG